AUUCAUUAAUAGCUAACCUUGUACUAUUCUCUAUACUCAUUCAUCACUUAACUUUAUCCAAAACUGUCAUACAUGAUACCAAACCAUGUCCAUUCCUUAACCUAACACCACCAUCACCAUCCCUUAAACCACAACCACCACCACAACAACAAGGACCCUUUCCUCCCUCACUAAAGCAACCCGCAAACCACUACCCCAAUAACCCCCUAAUAGAAAAACAAAAAGAAAAAGAAAGUGAUAGAGAGAAAGAUGGUCUCCCCCCUAACAACAACCUUCAUCCAAUCCACCAUUCUUAACGCCAUCGCCAACAUCCUAGCACAAAUAAUAGACCAUCAUCGGAAAUCCAAAUCAACAUUUACACCUAACCUCCCCGCCCUCCUUCAAUUCAUCACCUACGGGAUAAUAAUCGUUCCUCCGAAUUUCAUCUGGCAGAGGUAUCUGGAACGCCGGUAUCCGGGGUUUCUUUUCCGUGGUGCAUCAACCCCUUCAUCCUCAUCUACUAACAAUCUUUCUCCUCCUUUACGAACCUCAACCCCAAAUGGUACUACUAAAAGAGGAGGAGGACCAGGGCUAGGAGAGAUAUACAUCUCCAUCCCAGACCCAACCUCCACCGUCCUCCUCAAAGAGAAAAAAAACCCCCACAACUUCCUCCCUUCACAACAGAAGCGCAGCAGAGGAGGCUGGUACAACUUCCUCAUGAAAUUCCUGCUCGAUCAGACGGUGGGGAGUGUAGGGAAUAUCGUACUGUUUAUUGUUCUGAUUAAUUUGUUGAAGGGGGUGGGUGUGGGGGGUGUUUGGGGGUUGGUUGUUGAGGACUUCAAACCUAUCAUGAUCGCAAGACUUAAAUAUAGACCGAUUGUCUCGUUGCUCAUGUAUACGGUUGUGCCGGUGGAUCGGCGCGUCGUGUUUGGGAGUGCGUGUGGGGUGAUUUGGGGGGUGUAUUUGAGUUUGUAUGCUGUUGUAUAGUCUCUCUCUCUCUCUCUCUCUCUCUCUUUCUUUCUCUCUCUAUUCCUUUUACUACUAUUGUUGCUGUUCUUGUUAGAGUUAGUUGUGAUGUGGUCAAUCUUUCGUUUCGUUGUUUCUUUUGUCAGCGUGAUACCUCGUCUUUGGCCAUCCAUCAUUUCUUAUUAGAUCUAUGUAUCCUCUGCCUGUCG